AGUAUAUUUAUGAGAUACAAAAUGACAUGUCUUUGGAAAGCUGCAAGAAGUUAAGGGGGUUGGUUCAUCUGCUAUCAGAUCAAAAUCUUCAAGAAGAAAUCAUAAGCUGCCUGCUUAGACAAGUGUCAGCAGGAUCAGGAAAAGGAAAGCUCCUGUCUGAAAUCAUCUUGCUACUCACUGAAAUGACUGUCUACCACUGCACCCACAAGUAUCAAUAACUGUACUAAUGUAUGUCUCAAUGUCAGGUCAAACCAAGACAUAGUAGAUAAUGUGGCUGCUGUUUUCUACGCUGUUACAACUAAUGAUUCUAUCAAUGUAUUAGUGCGUGUUCUGGCUUACAGCUCAUUGAGUGAGAUCUCUUCUGUGGUCAAGAAGGUUGAUUAUUUGCACAUGUACUCUACAUCCCCUUCUAGCGAGUUCUUAACAAGUUAUCACAACUGUCUCCUUGUCUCUGGGGCUGUCACAUCUGACCAACAUGACUUUGUUAUACAGAACCUUGCUGAGAGCAAAACUGUUGGGCCUAAUGUUUUAAGGCGUUGUGUCAGUAUGUUCCCACCGGAGAAAACAAAGAAACUACUGGAGAAAAUACCAGACCUCUCCCAAAACUCACCUCAUAGCAUAAUCUACAACCCAACAAUAUUCUCUGACGAUCAUGUCACUCAGGCCUGUAGAACUGUACUGAAAACAAGUAAUGUUAAACCGCACCUCCAAAUGCUUGCAUUUCACAUCCUCCUACAGCAAAAGGCGUACUGUCCAGAGCUUUUUAAGAAGCAGGCAUUUGACUCUCGCGAGAUGACAGCUUUGAAGAUCAUCGCAAUGUCGCACCACACGGAGUGUGAAGAAAGUGGCCAGCUCAUGACCGCUCUCCUUGAUUUUCACAAGCAUUUCUUCUUUAAAAUUGGUGGCACGUACCCCAGUCUGUUUUUUCGGGUCGUUUGGAAGAUUUACCAUAACUCGAAGAGAGACCAGACUCUAAGAGAAAUUGAGCAGACUGUGAGAGUAAUGUUGUUUGAUCAGCCGAAGUAUGCUCUGUAUGCUGUCAACUUUCUCAACUCAAUACCUUUCCAUCUCUACUCUCCAACACUUUUAGAGGUUCUGCUACAGUUGGUUGAGUUUGUAACCACGCAACCUGUUGCUACUUUCAAAUCAGCUUCUGAUCAUUACAUGACGAUCUUCAAGCACUACCUGACCUUACUGACCUACAGCCCUACACCUGUUAUACGGUACUGCACUAGACUAGCACAGGAGGAGGACCUGGAUUCUAAACAAAUUGUUGCCCUCACCGAUAUGAUCAACUCAGUUAUGCACCAUCCCAAGCUGACGACCCUCACACCUGACCUGGCUGCACUGUGCCGCGCUCUAAGCAGGUUCCCUCUCCAACAAUCCUACAUGUUACUACUCUACCGAUACCUCACGACUUACAGUAUCAGCAAACUUCAGGCCUCCUUAUUUGGGGCUACCAAGUUCAUGUCUCAAGGGGCAGAGCAGGGUGGUAUUUGCACUUACUUAGAACGACCGAUGCUGAAGCUAGAUAAGAUCUGCUCUACGAUAUCUCGUAAGAAAUACAUAAACCCUGCAGUUAGCUACACCGAGUUUGACAUGAGCGUGUAUCUGAACUCCCUGCACCUCACAAUAUCCCUCUCCUACUGUAUCCACCUGGCACGUGAUGACGAGUAUCUGACAUGUGUGGAAUUCCAGCUGACUCCCCAGAACCCCAACUACCGGGCAGUAGAAAGUGUGUACGUGCCGGUACUCAGAUCUGGGGAUACAAUCAGUGUGGUGGUGGAGACUCUGCGCCCGGCGGCUACUUCCAUUAAGGCUGGUAUUGAGUACACCCAACACAAUCACCACUACCGGUCAUCUCUGCCUGAUCUGUCUGUUGAAAUGGUUGAUCUUCUCUGUCCCCUACCUCUCUCCAACUUCUCUCCUGAUUUGGUGUUCUCUAAGUUGUGGGAGUUCUGUGAACAGCACCAGAAGUGUAGGGGAGAUGGUGACGCUAUGAUCAGUAAGCUGCGUCCAGGAGAGGGGUUCCGGCUUAAACUCAGUUCUUUUAAACUUCCGGAUAAUAAGAACGACAAGAACGGGUUUUACAUGUUUGGGCUGCCUCCCAAACAUUUUGUUCUCAUAUUGUGUGUUCCUCAGUUCACUACUAUGAAGAUAGCUGUUGAUUCGUGGGAGGUGUUCCCUGUUGUUUAUAAACUUCUUACUGCAUCACUGGAUGCGUGAUUUUUGGGGUUUCUUCUUAACAUAAUAUGGAUAUAUUUGAUGUAAUUGCUAUGUUACACAUUUGUGCUUAUCGUGAUUAUCUGUCCGAUGUCUUUCAUGAUUGAUAACACUUGAUUCAUGAAUAAAGCUCAAUAUCCUUUUUGUUCCGUACAAUGUAUAAUUAUUAUUACAAAUUUUAAUCCAAAAAUCAUCAUAUUUUGUGC